GUGGUAUUUGUGAGUUAGGUUAGUUAGUAAGAGGCUUGUUGUAUGUUUACUGGCUUAUGAGUGAACUCAUGACGCACUGCAGCAGCAGUUAAUGAAACAGUAGUUAUUGUAAAACCAUGUAUAGAGACGGAGUGCUGCACAAGAAGAACAGAAAAGACUUUCUACCUUAUUUUCUAGGACUAGUUUUAGUUUUCUAUUGCACGGUUCAUCUUGUGUCUUUCACUGCAGCAGCAGCUCAGGAGGACUCCCAUUCCAACAGAGUGCGCCGGGCGCUGGAGAAUGAGACAGAGUGUAUUACAACGCAGUCGUCUGAGUUUCCAGAGGGGUUCUUCACACUACAGGAGAGGAAGGAUGGAGGACUCCUCAUACACUUUAUGAUCAUAUUUUACAUGCUGCUGGCCGUUGCUAUAGUCUGUGACGACUACUUCCUACCUUCUCUAGAACUUAUCAGUGACCGUCUGGGUCUAUCUCAGGACGUAGCAGGGGCCACCUUUAUGGCAGCAGGCAGCUCUGCCCCUGAAAUGGUCACUGCCUUUCUGGGUGUGUUUGUGACAAAGGGAGACAUCGGUGUGAGCACCAUCGUAGGAUCAGCUGUCUACAACCUCCUGGGGAUCUGUGCUGCUUGUGGACUCCUGACUAAAGUGGUGGGUCGUCUGACCUGUUGGCCUCUGUUCAGGGACUGUCUAGCUUACGCCAUCUCUAUCUCUGCUGUUAUAGCCAUCAUUUCAGACAACAAAGUCUACUGGUAUGAUGCAGCCUGUCUGUUGCUGGUCUAUGGGGUGUACAUCGUAGUGUUGUGUUUUGACCUGAGGAUCAGUGAAUGUGUUCUGAGGAGGUUCAGCCCCUGCUGUACUUGCCUGGGGAAAGGUUCCGGGGAUCACAGCGAGACACAGCCAUUGGUUGACACCACUCUGAGGGUCCACAGACGUUCUAGAAGCGACAGCGGAAUCUUCCAGGAUGAUUCAGGAUACUCACACAUUUCCCUCAGUCUGCACGGCCUGAAUGAGAUACCAGAGGACCACAAGAGUGUGUUCUCAAUGCCAGAGAACGACCUGAAGCGAAUCCUGUGGGUACUGUCCCUCCCGGCCAUCGUGAUUCUCUACCUGACGAUUCCAGACUGCAGGAGACGGUUCUGGAAAAAAUGGUUCAUGUUCACCUUCUUUAUGUCCGCUGUCUGGAUCUCAGCCUUCACAUACGUACUGGUCUGGAUGGUCACUAUCGUAGGAGAGACUCUGGGUAUCCCAGACACAGUGAUGGGCCUGACUCUGUUAGCUGCAGGGACCAGUAUACCAGACACAGUGGCUAGUGUCAUGGUUGCCAGAGAAGGUAAAGCCGAUAUGGCCAUGUCCAACAUCGUGGGUUCUAAUGUUUUUGACAUGCUGUGUCUGGGUCUUCCCUGGUUCAUUAAGACAGUGUUUGUGGACACGGUCAACCCUGUGGAGGUCAACAGCACCGGUCUGGUUUUCAUCUCCGCCACCCUCCUCCUCUCCAUCGUCUUUCUCUUCGUGGCUGUCCAUAUAAACGGCUGGAAGCUGGACUGGAAGCUGGGGAUCGUCUCUCUGUUCUGCUAUGUUGUUUUUGCCACUCUGGCCAUCCUCUACGAACUGGGCAUCAUAGGGAACAACCCUGUCAGACUGUGCGGAGACUGAUACACUGAUAAACACACAGAGACGUACAACUGAGUGGCAGCGAUGGAGUCCACACUGCAGCCCUCCCCAGAACCAGACCACCCAGAACCAACCUCUUUGACACUCAGACCAUUUAUACAGAACCCAGAUACAGGGCACAGAUUCACAGAGUACUGAUAUAGGAUCAGGUCCACGUCCUCUUUAUUCAUUAUGAUCUAAAUCAGUGGAAUUCGAAGUCGGGUCGCGACCCCACUAGCAGUUGGGUUUGUGGACAGAUUAGGAGUGUUGGAUCACCAAAUUCAAAUCAUUUUUUUUUUUUACAAAAAAAUAACAGUACACAUUAUUGUAUGGGACACUAUACAAACUUUUUUGAGAAAAAUAAAAUUGUAUCAAGUAAAUGUA